AUGCCACAACAGCCUUGCUGGGGGGCAGCGGAGGGAUUUGAGGAUUUCUGUGCCUUCACUUGUGGCAUAAACUUGAAGGUCUCCUCCAACACUAAUGAUCCUAUCAUUCCUCCACCACGUAGUCCUCCACCACCUCCUCCUCCUCCUCCACUGCCUCCUCCUCCUCGUUCACAACGUCCUCCACCACUGCCUAAUCUUACCUGCACACUACCUCUUCCUCCGCGUCCACCACCUCUUUCUCCUCAUCCACCGCCUCCUCCACCUCCUCCACCGCCUCCUCUUCCUUGUCCACCACCUACUCCUCCGCCAGAGCCUCCUCCACUGCCAGAGACUCCUCCACCGCCACAGCCUCCUCCACCACCAGAGACUCCUCCACCGCCACCUCCGCCAAUGCCUCCUGCACCUCCUCCUCCUCCACCACCUCCUCCUCUUCCUCCACCGCCUCGUCCUCCUAUUCUGACACUGCCAGUUGCAGUACCAUCUGCCGUCUCCCGUUUCCAACACUCUGCCUCCCACUGACACCCUUUGGCCCUUAUAUAGGGAGGAGAAGACACACCCACUAUUCAUGACAAGCCACUUGCAAAACACCUAACAAUCGCUAGGCAGCCAAUCAGGGGACAGGCAACGCAUCACACAGGCUCACAAACAUGUUGGGACCCACCAGCUGCUGCCUUACAGGGCCAUGG